AUAAUAAUGACUCUCGCAUCGUUAGCAUUAGAAUAUGUUCUUAUAAAGGCCGAUUCGCUUAAUUUGCUUAACAAAAUAAUAAUAAUGCUUUGGCUAUAAUAACCGAGGCUAAGAAGCAUUGGGUUGGUAAAGAAAAUUUUCACGCUCAAAGCGCAUCGAUAAACCAACAUUUGGACGGACAGUGUGUGCUGCUACUGCACCGAGGCAAACUAUUUUAUCUUCCUCUUCCUCUUCCUCUUCCUCGUCGACUGACUGCUGACUUUACGUCUCUGAAAAUAUUAGUUUCUAUUUUCGACGGAUCUGGACUGCGGAGCAAAGUUGCCUAUUCAGUGGUGCAGUGAGUGUGUCUGUCGUCGAGAAAUUAACGUAUUAUAGAAUCGUUGGUGUGCAAGAGUUUUUUAAUUCAGUAUGUAAAUUAACCGUCUAACUAUGUUUAAUAUACGGAAUAUUCAAAAGACAUGUAUAUCCAUGCAUAUUAGGCUCAACCACAAGGUAAAAUGUUUACGACGUCACGGACAUACUAGUUCUUAUAAAAUUGUACUGUCGGAUGAUCCUCGCGAUGAUAUACAGAAUCCUGUAUCAGAUCUCUAUCCAAAUUGGGAACUCUUAACGCCGCAAGGUUUCCGAUUUUAUCUUCCUGGUAGUAUAGGUCCUGGUUGGCUAAACGCCAGGACAAUCGCACGUGCUGAAAUACAGUCUUCGUUAGUACCCAAUGAAAUAGAAGAUUUACAUAUAGCUAAAUUAAAAAAACAUUUUAGAAGAAAAUCUUAUAGUGUGGACAAAUCGUUUUCGUUUCUGCACUUUACUGCUCAAGAAUGUCCAACAUUGUUGAGAAAAGGAAUUUUAGAACUUUUCCCCGGCUGCCUGGAGGUUACUUCCCCCGAGCUUACUAUGAUUACCAUCAGUCAAUUUACUAGAAAUAAAGCAUCGAAGUGGAGUAAAGAAGCUUUAACUGAAAAAUUAGCACAGUAUUUUGUACUUGCUGCAUCUGAUAUGUGCAACAAAUUAAAAACUUGCGGAUUUUGGGCAGAUUUUAUCAAUCCAUUUAGUGGUCAACCAUAUUUAAACCCUCACAAUAACAAAGUACUUUAUAAAACAGACGAACGUUUUCGUUGUGUAGGAUUUAAAGUUCGAAACAAAAUAAAUUGCAGAAUAAUAUCGCACGAUAAUAAUACAAGGAACUUUAUUGGUUAGCUGGCUUUUCUUUUA